CAGAUUUUUUCCACUUCUGUAGGCAGCUCGCCGCGAUUGCCGGGCGGGAUUUCCGCAUUAGCGAGUAAUAUCAUGGCGAAGACUUACGAUUAUUUGUUUAAACUACUAUUAAUCGGCGAUUCCGGAGUAGGGAAGACGUGUGUGUUGUUCAGGUUUUCAGAGGAUGCCUUCAAUUCGACGUUCAUCUCCACUAUAGGUAUUGACUUUAAAAUUAGAACAGUAGAACUAGAUGGAAAGAAGAUUAAGCUACAAAUAUGGGACACAGCUGGCCAGGAGCGAUUUCGUACGAUCACAACAGCGUACUACAGAGGAGCCAUGGGCAUCAUGUUAGUAUAUGACAUUACCAAUGAGAAGUCCUUUGACAACAUCAAGAACUGGAUAAGGAACAUCGAGGAGCAUGCAUCAGCUGAUGUUGAGAAGAUGAUUUUGGGCAACAAGUGUGAUGUCAAUGAUAAGAGGCAAGUGUCCAAGGAAAGAGGAGAGAAGUUUGUCCCCCCACCUAUGUUUUUCACCCAGUUGGCACUGGAGUAUGGCAUCAAGUUCAUGGAGACCAGUGCAAAGGCCAAUAUCAAUGUGGAAAAUGCAUUCAUGACACUUGCCAGAGAUAUCAAAGCAAAAAUGGACAAGAAAUUGGAAGGCAAUAGCCCCCAGGGCAGCUCCCAGGGAGUGAAGAUCACCUCAGAUCAGCAGAAGAAGAGCAGCUUCUUCCGUUGUAUCGUACUGUGAGGACUGUAGCCUUACUGUCCAACCUGAGAUUGGACAUAACUGGACCAUGCUUGUUCUGAAUUCUUCUCUCUGUUUCUUGCCGCUUCCCCAUCCCCCCCCAUUGUCCUCGUAUCCCUUGCUCUUCCUCCAUCAUUCAUUGUUAACAAACAAUAUUUCACUCAAAUCACCCCAUUACAUGGUGCUGAAUUACUGUUCUUGUGCAGUCAGAGCCGGGAGACAGUGAUCUUCCCUGAAAAGGAAUCAAAACCUAGAUAGCUGUCUCAUACCUUUUGUUUCUCACAUGUCUUCCAGAAUGCUCUCUGAGCUCUUUGCAAUAUCAAGGCCCUGUCUCUUCAGUCCAUCCUUAAGUUUGCCAGUACUUUUUGCUGAGCAAUUUUGUGUCACCUGUUGCAAAUAUUGAAUGUGGCAUUACCUGGAUGUUCUGCUUCCACCUGAUCUUUAGCCAUUUUAAUUGGGUUGUCUUCACUCUUGAAAAUGUGCAUUUUUUAGGUUUUCCUUCCAGGUCAGGAAUGUGAAGGGGUUUUUUUUAACCACAGAAUUGGACCCUAUGCUGGGUUAAAUAUUCCUUUUGAUGUCUGAUCUCCAUUGAUUUAUUCAAUUGUAUUUAUUUUUGAAUGAAAGUGGCUUGUCACAGAUGCUUAAAUAACUUUUACAUGUUUUUUUUUUUUUACUUAUUACAUUCCUUGACAGUCUUCUGGAUGUGCGUGACAUAAUUUGAUAGUAAGCCAUUUCCAUUAUGCAGUACAGUAGUGCAAGUAUUUGCUAAUUAUUUGCUUUGUACUUGUGUUCUGUCAAAGGUUAAUACCCAUUAAUAAACACAGUACAAGUUACUAAAAUCAUCAUGUCUGCAAACCACUUAUUUUGUAAAAUUGAUUCGGCAGUGAAGUAAGUUUUGCUUUUUUCUGUGAUUGUUGUUUGAAUUCAGUUGUUUGCCAUUUCGACCUGAACAAAAAUGUUCACGGUGAAGGUCCGUCAAAUUAAACAAUUAUUUAAUGAACUCAGUAAAACCCCAAUCUUGAGUUUCUCCAGGAAAUGUUAUACUACUUUGUUAUUCAGGAAAACAGCGUAACCUAGUAGAAUACACUCUUGUUGCUGCUGUUCUUCAUGGCUGCAGUGAAAGUGUACCCUUCUUGUUCUUGUGAUCUCACUGCCCAGUAAACCCCAGAACCUUGCGUAACCGGAACUGAACUGCAGCACACGUGCUUGGCUCUGGGCAUUCUUAUACAGGAUGCAGGAAAAUAUCUAUUUUGAGGCUUUACUACAGUGGAAAUGAUGGGUAUUAACUUGACUCAUGCAGUAACUGUUAUAGUAUUGUGACUGUCAUCAGACAAAUUAUUUUCAUCCAUCAUUCUCUGAAGUGAAUUUAAUUUUCCUGGUUUUCUGACCCUAACCAUGCAUGACAGUGUUCCCAGUAUUUGACUACAGACAAAUAAUUUAAGAAGAAUGCUUUUAGAAUUCAUUAAAAGUCUGCAAUGUUGUUCCUGAAGUGCCACAUAGAUAUGUGUUGUCUUAGAAUUGAAAUAUCUGUACCAUUUGUGUAACUUUACAAAGGUGCUGCUAAGUUUUGUUCUGCAGUGACUAGCAGACAAGGUUUUUAGUCCUUCAGCACUGCAGGUUUUCAGCUGUUAUUCAUCCUGAUGGUCUUGGGGUGUGUCCCCCCCCAAUAAGGCCUCAAAGCAUUGACUUUGAAUAUGGUAAUUCUGGAAUGCAGUACAUUUAAUGGAACUUCAAGUUUCUGUACACACCUUACAAGGUUAACAAAAAACACGAUCAAACUUGAAAAAUGUAAUGUUAAGAAUGUCUUAAGACUGCUUUAAUAGCCAUUUUUUGCUUUU